AUGAAUGUUGUGAACGAAGCUAUUGUCGAAUGUGACCCCAAAAGCAUUCCAUUAGGGCUGUCAGCGGAAAGUUCCGAUGACGGGCCGGAGGUUUUGACCACCACCUGCACGCAAGAUAAUCUUGGCAACCUCGAAGACCUCCUUCAAAACCCGCAUCAUACUCAGAGCUAUGAUGCAGACAAGGACACAAUCUUUCAUGAGUGGGGACACCUACCUCUACACCUUGAUCUGCUGAGUAGCAAUGACGAUGCUUCUCACAAGCGAGACUUCCAAACCGCCUUUUCCGUGAACAAUAACACACAGGAACUGCCAGCAUGGAUUGGUCAGCCCUCCAUAUUUCCAGAUUUCCUGCCUGCAGUGCCUUUACCAGCCAAUCGAAUAACUCAAGCUGGCAUCGCAAAUCCCUUUGGCGAGGAGCAAGGUGCGGCUGUGGUACAUCCGGCCUUAAGAAACCCGGUAGCACUCACGUACUACAAGCCUAAGAAGUCUACAAAUGCAUUCAUCAAGAUUCGUUGGUUUGAGAAGAAGGGUAAAAACCACGGGAAACGGCUACCGUCGUUGUUGCAACAGCGGCCAGACAUUGCAAAAACUGCCAUGGACACGAAGUCGUCCCCUGAUGGACCUGUUUCCCGUCUGCCGCCGAAUUUUGGGGAUGUUGGGAAACUAGACAACCUAGAUCGAAGCUUCUAUCGGUUCUUCAUACUUGGCAUCUGCGCUGGCAGAACCGUUAUCAACACCGACAAUGCUUACAAGACCGAGAUUGCACCUAUGGUGGAAAGAAGUGACCUGGUGCGACACGCUUUGUUGGCCCUGUCGACAACCUACCUUCUGGAUUUCAAUCGAGCAGAUCAUGCAAUCAAGGCCAAGGCCGAGUACCAUCACAAGAAUGCCGUGGAUAAGCUUGGGGAAGAGCUCAGCAACAUGGACAUCCAGUCUCCCGGAAAAGAAGAAGCUGUCUGUGCCGCGAUCUCGCUCUUGGUACAUAAUGAAGUGGUCAAUUGGGAAGUAGAUCGAUCAGGCGAAGACCUCCCAAAGUGGUACCUUGCUGGACAAGUUGGGGAACGCGUACUGAGCCAGUCCGACCCUGGCUAUCGUUAUAGCUUCCCAUUCAAUGUACAGUGUAAUCGUGCCAGAACGCAGCUCACUCACAUAAUCGGGCUCGAGAAUAUUCUCAGCGACUGCGUUUAUCCACUAGAUCCGACCUUGACAAGAUGCUCCUAUCCAUGGCUAUUGGAGGGCAGUGAGACCGAACAACGCAAGAUUGUGGGCACGACUGGGCUUUGCUCAAAAUUGCUACACUAUUAUGCCAAGAUUACGCAUCUCAGCAGUAAAUCGGCCAAGAACCCCAAAUCUGAAGUCUACCCAAGGGUUGGCAAAGAGCUCGAGAAACGGCUACAACGUUUUUGGCAAUGGUCAGAUUUGUCCGAGGGCUACGGCUCGUCACAGGACCUGCUCGACUCCUGCGAACUAGACGAGAAUGGCACAGUUACCUCGGCGACCAAGGUGACGGAGCUCGUGGGGGAAAGCUACGUGACGGCAGCUCAGAUAUACUUGCAAUGCCGCUUCUUCAGACGGUCGCAACGUCACCCCACCGUGCAGAAGAUAUUGCAGACGUUACUGCGGACUAUCGACUGGCAGCCAACUUCCGGACCACUUUUCACGGCUCAAACACCGAUGUUCGCCGUUUUCAUCGCAGGAAUAGUUGCCUACAAAGAAGCUGACCGGGCUGUCGUGCGCAAAUGGUUUGAGCCCAUUUGUGGCGACUCAAGAGGGAAUGUGCCUCCUGCUUGGCGAGCCAUGCAAGUGGUCUGGAAAUGGGCCGAUGAGAUUGACGCUGCCUCUGAAGUUGAUAGCGGAGCUGACCGUGAGCAGGCAAAGCUUCCGCUUGGGGAACGGCAUGCCUGGUGGGAAGAGUUGAGCAAUGUACUGAAGUCUAAAGAGGGAAGAAUGAGUCUUUCCUGA